AUGGGUGUUCUUCGACCCCGGGACAGCAGCAAUUUUCACAUAUCCGGCUCAACUUCUCAUCGUUCACCUUUGGAUGGCGACCUUGACCUGGAUGGGACCGAGGUCCCAGUCGAGCAUGCCAACAAUGGCAGUCCGCCACGAUCUUCAGGAUUAGAGUCAAUGGUGUCUGGCGGCACCAGCUUUCGAACCCCGAGUCGGUCUUUUUUUCACCGGUCAUUCCACAGCCCAGCGGACCCGGCGCAUUAUUCCUCCCAUGGCCUUAGAGAGCAAACCGCCGAACUAGCUUCCUUCGCCCUGUCGCAUGAAUCGAGCACCUUGCCCCCGUCUUUAGAUGUCUUCCAGCCUAACCGGAGUUCAUACCGCUCAUCGUCUCCUGCAAUCAGCUUCGCAACAUCCGGCAGAGCAAAUCCGGAGCUGGGCCCUUCCUCCAUCCCUACCACUGGCUCAUCGGUUCUCACGCAGUUGAUCCGCAACCCCGAUAUCCAUGAAACGGACCAUAGUCACCGGGAUGAGGCUUCAGAAUGGGGUGGGACAAGCGAGAGUGUAUUCUCUGAGGAUCAUCCUCCAGUGGCUGAUGCCGGGGAGGCUUCUACCACCGAACAAACAUCAUUAUUGCCUAAAGCGGCGCAGACGGAGCCCUUUCAGAGCUACGGAGCUACCGGUGACGUUGAAAACCAAACUUAUGCGAGGAGGAAAGGAACGAACUUCCCUAUGGCCCUUUCACAACUUACGAUGUGUUUCCGGGUGCUAGCGAAUCCCAAGUCGUGGAAUGGUAAAACUGUAUGGCGAGAGGGCAUUGUCUACCCUCUUAGUCUUUUGCCAUCGGUGUUCCUCGGUCUCCUACUCAACAUUCUCGACGCCCUGUCGUACGGGAUGAUUCUUUUCCCACUGGGUGAACCAGUGUUUUCUGAGCUCGGGUCGGACGGUAUCUCAAUGUUCUACGUUAGUACGAUCAUUGCACAAUUAGUCUUCUCCUGUGGAGGCUCCAUCUUCAAAGGGGGAAUUGGAAGCGAAAUGAUUGAAGUUGUCCCAUUCUUUCACCAGAUGGCGUUCACGAUCCUGAAUCGGGUAGGCCAGGAUAACCCAAAGGCCGUCCUGGCAACGACGAUUCUGUCUUUUUCAGUUAGCUCAAUUCUUACGGGCUUGGUGUUCUUCUUGAUGGGGACUUGCAAGCUCGGGGCGCUGAUCGGCUUCUUUCCCAGACACAUUUUGAUCGGGUGCAUUGGAGGCGUGGGGUUCUUUCUGCUGCUCACGGGUGUUGAAGUAUCAGCCCGACUACCAGGCACUUUGGAGUUCACUUUGGAAACGCUGGAGAAGCUCGUGCAGCUGGACACGGUGUUUUUGUGGACGAUACCCUUGUUGCUUGCGAUUGGUCUUCUUGUUUUGAAGCGUUUCUUGCAUUCUAACUUCCUGGUUGGUGGAUAUUUCAUCGCUGUGGCACUUAUAUUCUAUAUUGUAAAGUUCAGCGCCGGGAUACCCAUGGAUACUUUGCGCAGCAAAGGAUGGGUUUUCGAUGCUCCGUCUUCGUCGAAUCCGUGGUACCAUUUCUAUACCCUAUAUGACUUUGCCGCUGUUGAUUGGUCGGCAUUCCUUGAUACGAUCCCGGCAAUGUUCGCACUCACCUUUUUUGGGGUUCUCCAUGUUCCUAUCAACGUCCCCGCAUUGGGAAUAUCUACCGGCGAGGAUAACCUAAAUGUUGACCGUGAGCUCAUUGCACAUGGUGUCACCAAUGCUCUUUCCGGCUGCAUUGGGAGCAUCCAGAACUACCUUGUGUACACCAACAGUCUUCUGUUCAUCGACAGCGGUGGCAACUCUCGUUUGGCAGGGAUCAUGCUUGCUGCUGCCACUGCAGGGAUUCUUGUCGUUGGCCCGGUCAUCGUAGGCUUCAUCCCAGUUAUGGUCGUCGGAGCUCUUAUAUUCCUGCUCGGAAUCGAACUGAUGCAAGAGGCGUUGGUUGACACAUGGGGCAAAUUACACCGACAUGAGUAUCUGACGGUUGUCAUCAUUGUCGCGACUAUGGGUGCCUGGGAUUUUGUUGUGGGUAUCUUUGUUGGCAUCAUCCUUGCGUGCCUAAGUUUUGUGGUUCAAACUUCACGGAAAUCGGCCAUUCGCGCGACGUUCUCAGGUAAGAUCACUGGCUCGACGGUCAGGCGCCCACCUAUUCAGCAACGGUUCUUGAAGGAGGCGGGACAGCAGACACUCAUAAUCAAGCUUGGCGGUUAUCUCUUCUUCGGGACUAUUGUGAGCGUGGAGAACACCAUGCGGGGGCUCAUUGAAGAGGAAGCGUUCAACCGACGGCCAAUCAGGUUCCUAACUCUUGAUUUCUCUCGGGUCUAUGGAAUCGACUUCUCUGCAGCAGAAGCUUUUACCCGCAUCAAUCGGAUCCUCAGAAAGAGGAACGUGCAGAUGACGAUCUCGGGGCUUGAUGUCGAGGGUGACGUCGGGAGAAGUCUCCAGAACGUCGGACUGUUUGAACCUGUGAAUGGUGUUGAAAUAUUCGAAGACCUGAACUCUGCACUUGAGUUCUGUGAGAAUGACUAUCUCAAGGUCUUCUACAGCCACAGGGAGGCAUUGCUGAACGGAAAAAACAAGGCAUCAGCAUUUCUCGAAGUCCCGAUGGCCCAAGGCCAGUCGCAUCUCGGUGACGCGGUGGUGAGCUCGCCUCGUCAGCAAUAUCUGCAGCAGGCCGCCAGGACGACUCUCCACGAGAACGAAAUGGCAGUCAUGGCCCCGGCUGCGUGGUCUGCGAUGCGACAGCCCCUCCCACUUCUGCUGCAGACGUUCCAGGGCCUGACCACACGCAACGAGGACUUCUGGUUCCGGGUCUGCACAUAUUUUGUCCGCGAGAGCUAUGCCGCCGGCACAGUGCUGUUCCAUGAAGGUGAUGUGCCCAAGGGAUUCUACCUGUUGGAGUCGGGAAUGUUGCGUGCCGAGUAUGAGCUGCCUCAGGGGCGCUACUUCGAGAUCAUUGUAGCCGGACGGCCGUGCGGCGAGUUGCCAUUCUUCAGUGAGACGCGACGGACCGCGACGGUCAAAGCUGAGCAGGACUGUGUGAGUUGGUGUCUGACAACCGAAAAAUGGCAGGCGCUGCGGAACCAGGAUCCGGAGAUCGCGCGGGAGCUAUUGACAGUCAGCCUCAAGUUGACGACGGAGCGGAUGGACAGCAUUACUUCGUAA